AUGUUCAACUACAAGGAUUCGCCGACGCAUCCUCGCACGCCUACGGUGCGCACGAGCUGCUGGACAGAUUCAGAAAUUGUGCUACACUGGCUUUCAGCUCCCCCUCGACGGUGGAACACCUACGUCUGCAACCGAACUUCUGAGAUAUUGAGCGACUUUCCCCGUAGCUGCUGGAACCAUCUUCUGGAGCAUCGACUGUGGUGGAAAUAUCCGUCCUGGCUGGCCACACCCACCUCUGAGUGGCCACCUUCUACAAGCAAGUUCAGCGUAUCUUCAAGUUUCAAUGUCAACACCGAAGAACGAGCCAUAAAGCCCACGACUCUACAUAACUUUCCUGAUGAAAGUAUACACGAGUUACUGAUCCACAAAUUCUCAACCUGGACGCGUCUUAUUAGGGUAUCUAGCUACUGUCAUCGCUUUAUUCACACUCUUCGAUCUCAUCAUAGGAAUUCGGCACCAUUCCUUACGUCUGAAGAGUUGCUGGACGCACAGCGCCGACUUAUUCGACAUGUGCAACAAAAAUCCUUUGCCAGAGAAUAUGCGCAGCUAGAGAAUCGACGCCAGCUUAACGCUAAAUCGCAUCUUAUCCGGUUUUCUCCGUUUCUGGAUGAUUAUGGAGUAAUGCGAGUCGGUGGGAGAAUCGAGCAAUCUACACUCAAUUACAACGCCAAGCACCCGAUUCUGAUACCUAAAGAUACACAACUAGCUGGACUGCUGGUUCGAUAUUUUCAUGUCUCCUAUCUGCACACUGGAGUUGAUGCAACGUUCUCCAAUCUUCGUCAGCAGUACUGGAUUCUGGGAGCCCGCAAUCUCGUCAGAAAGGCAGUCUUCCAAUGCAAAUCCUGUUUUCUUCAACGAAAGGGCACAAGCAACCAGAUCAGGGGAGAGCUACCAAUUCCUCGAGUUCAAGCUAGCCGCUGCUUUCAACACACAGGGCUGGACUACGCUGGACCGAUCGCAAUCAAGGAAUCAAAAGGAAGAACUCCACGAAUCGGAAAGGCAUGGUUUUCUAUUUUCGUGUGUCUCACUACAAAGGCACUUCACAUCGAGGUUGUUAGUGAGCUAACUACACAGGCUUUCAUCGCAGCCUUUCAACGAUUCAUUGCCCGCCGAGCGAAGCCUACUGACCUGUAUUCGGACAACGGAACUACAUUUCAUGGAGGCAAGCGAACUUUGGAUGACAUGAGACGUCUGGCCAUUCAACAAGCCAAAGAUGAGGAACUAGCAGGAUUCUAUGCCAAUGAAGGGAUUUCUUGGCACUUUAUACCCCCGUCUGCUCCCCAUUUUGGAGGGAUGUGGGAAGCUGGAGUUCGCUCAAUUAAACUGCAUAUGAAACGGAUACUUGGAUCAAAGGCUUUAACGUUUGAGGAGCUCUCUACUGUCCUGACCCAAAUUGAAGCUAUCCUGAAUUCACGCCCGCUGUGCCCAACUGGGGAUAAUUCUUUGGAUCCACUGACGCCUGCUCAUUUUUUGACUGGAUCUCCGUAUACUGCAUUGCCUGCACCCUGUCGUCUGGAUAUGCAAGUCAAUCGAUUGGAGAGGUGGAACCAGCUGCAAGCCAUGGUUCAAGGCUUUUGGAAAAGGUGGCAUAUGGAAUACCUGACAUCUCUUCAUAAGCGGACAAAGUGGCAUCUGGAAACCGAGAAUCUGAAGAUCGACACACUGGUAGUACUCAAGGAGCCCAAUCUACCGCCCUCUAAAUGGAUUCUUGGCCGCAUCACCGCAGUGCACGCAGAAAUCGACGACAAGGUCCGAGUCGUUACAAAUCCUCCUCCGCCGGCACCAGCGGGCGGGGGCGCCGAUCCGGAAGUGCGACUGAACAUGCCACAGAUAUCAGUUCCCAAAUUUUCCGGUGAUUGA